AUGGGCAGGAAAUCCAGCCCCGAGCCUCGCGUCAAUCAUGGCUGGAUUCCAAGGCCCGUCUCUUGUCCCAGUUGCCGCUCGCAUCUUCUGCUCGCAUCUUCAAUGCACAAGCAAGACGUCGGGUCGACAAAUCUCCCAGCAAAGCCGACUGUCGAUGCGACUGCUGAUGGCGGAGGCAGCCGAUUUUCAGAAACGAGCCCGGGCGGGGGUCCUGCUGCCCGGUGCCUGCCUGUGCCUGCACAGUUGACGUUACGACGCGAUGCCAGCAGACCAGCCGUUCCCCGGUACAAGCAACACGGGCUGCCGGGACAAACAAGCAAGCUUUGGGCUAUUCUUAACCCGACGCAAACUUGGGCACCUUGUGCGCAGCAGCGGCCUCUUGGCGUAACAAACACCAGACACGACAGAUACGGAGCAGGCGCAGGAACGUGGUCCGUCGACGAUAGGGCACAUGGCGCCUCCUGA